AUGGGCCAGCAGGCGCCGGACAUCUACGCCAUCCUCAGGCUGCGUGGCCGCCCCACGCUGGAGCAGAUCGUCCCGGCGAUGCAGCAGCUCGCGGACGCGCACGAGCGCUUCCGCCUGCGCGUAGCCAAGCGCGGCGGCUCCUGGGUCACAGAGGCUGUUGAGGACUUUGAUGUGCGGUGGUGCAUGCGCGCCGUGACGCUCGACGGCCCCGACAUCGACGCGGCCUUCAACGGCUUUGUGGCAAGGCUCAUGUCGGGGCCGCUGCUGUCUGAGGGCCACCUGCCGCCCUGGGACUGCAGCCUGGUGCGCUACUCCUCGGACCCCCACCACACCGACGUGCUGCUGCGCUGCAGCCACAUGAUCGGCGAUGGGCAGCUGUUCAUGCAGCUGCUCAAGGACGUGCUGGAAGAGCAGGACGACAGCAUGCCGGCCGAGGCCGCGACGGCAGCGAUGAAGGCGGCAGGGCCGGGCUCGGCGUCGAGCGGCGUGGAGGAGGAGGACGACGGCGCAGUGUCAUCUGACGGCGCGUCAUCGUCGUCGUCGGGCGGCGCUGCGGUGGCCGCGGCGGCGUCGCCGUCGGCGUCCUGCUCUUCUCUGUCGAGCCUGGGCGUCGCCGGGGGCGCGGACAGGGAGGGCGGCGGCCCGCACCUGAUCCGCGCGGUGCGCCACCAGUCUGCGUUCCUGCCGCCGCCCAGCAUGCAGCGCGCGGAGCGCGACGGCGAGGCGAGGCGGAGCGGGCGCGCCGGCAGCGGCGAAAACGGGCCCGGCGGCGGCGGCGGCGGCGGCACCUUUCACGGUCAGAAGCGGCGGCCGGGGGGCGGUGCGGUGGCGCUGCUCUGGCGGCUGCAGAGGCUGCUCCUGAGCCUCUGGGGCUGGAUCACUUCCGCGCUGUUCGUCUUCUCCAUGCCCCUCCACGUGCCGGACCCGGUCAACGCGGUCAAAGCCGCGCCCGCCGAGAUCGGCGGCCCCCGCGCGUUCGCGUCCGUCACGCUUCCGCUGGACGAGAUGCGCCACGUCAGCAAGCUGCUGGGCGUGACCAUCAACACCGUCGCCGUCUCCUGCAUCGCCGGCGGCCUGCGCCGCCACCUGCUGCAGACCGGCGGCGGCGGCGCGCGCGCCUGGCCCUGGCGGCGCGGCGCCGCCGCCGACGCCGCGAGGGGCGGCGUCCCGAGCAGCCUGCUGCUCUGCUCGAUGGUCGACACGCGCGCCAUGCAGCGCAUGGGCCUCGGCGGCGCCGGCGCGGGCGUGGGCGGCGGCUGCAACACGCUGUCCUUCAUCGGCGUCCCGGUCCACACCGGCGGCGCGGCGCCCCUCGUCCGGCUGGCGUCUGUCGCGGCGACGCUCUCCUGGAUCCGCGGCAGCCUGGCCGUGCUCAUCGCCGUGCUCAUCCCGCCGGUGCUGCAGUUCUUCCUGCGGGACAUCGCGCUGUCCACGCGGCUGAUCAUGUGGAUGCUGCCCGCCAAGGCGACGCUGGGGUUCAGCAACAUGCGGGGCCCCGUGAAGCCGGUGGCGCUCAGGGGAUUCCCGGUUGAGCGCAUGUACAACGGCGUCCAGCCCAACGCGUUUGGCUGCUUCGUGAGCCUCAUGAGCUACGACAACCAGGUCACCAUAGUCAACAGCUGCUACGUUUCAAAGUCCUCCUGCCCCGAGCAGCUGCUGCGCUGCGUGCGCGACGAGUGGGCCGCGCUGCGCGACGCGGCGACGGUCCCCGCGCCUGUGGAGGAGGCGGAGGGCUGCGGCGCCGUGGGCGCCAAGGCCAAGGGCGCGUGA